CCAAGCAAGAACGCGCAGACUCAAUCUCAGUUUGGAGCGCGACACUUGUGAGGGUGGCUAUAUAAAUCCAUUCAGCAUCUACUCUUUAAGUAACUGUGUACUUGUUUCUUCAGAGAAGUGAAGGAGGGAGGCAUCUCGCCAACUACCUGGCAAACUACAAGGCUGUACUGGACCUCCUCUAAAGAUUGAAGAUUUCUGUUGAUAUCCUGACAUGAAGCUCAAUUUAUUUGGCACCACCGUGAUUCUGCUAGUUGCCUUCUUACCGCUCUACGAAUGUCGGGCUAUUGAGAACCCUGGCGGUGCCCUGCGCGUCCCAGCUCCCCAAACCCAAAACUCCCAGCAGCAGCAGCAGCAGCAGUCUGGCCCCAUCCUGGAGCGACUCGGAGAGGAGUAUUUCAUCCGACUGGGCAAUGGGGACACUAACUCUUUCCCAUCAUCGUCCAUGUAUCCCGGCGGAUCACCUGCCAUCUACAACAGAGCAUUGCAACUCCAGCUGACACGGCGUCUUUUACAAGGGAAAGUUGGAAACAUCAGGGCGCUCACAAGCGGCUUCGGAGACCGCGGGGACGAGUCGAUGGAGAGGGGAAGGAGGUCCGAGGACCCGCCGAUAUCCCUGGAUCUGACCUUCCACCUGCUGCGGGAGAUGAUGGAGAUGUCCAAGGCGGAACAGAUGGCUCAGCAAGCGCAAAAUAACAGAAGAAUGAUGGAGCUCUUCGGGAAAUGAAGACCUCUUUCCAUCCGCCAAAGAUCUCCCUUCUCUUUCUUUUCUUUUCUUUUUGUUGCAUUUUGACCAUCAGCACAAAACAUGCUCUGUACAAUAUAGUGCUGCUUUAUCACUCUAUUAUUUAUAGCUUUAACCUCAAACUGGAGCGUAAACGGGCUUGACUUAUAAUGAUCCGAUUGUACCGUGCCAUUUUAAUGUUGGUGUCAAAUAUGUAGAAUCACACGUUCUUCAUAUUUGAGAUGAAAUGCUUUUGGUUGAGACAUGAAAUACUGCAUUGAAAAAAAUGGCGUUUUGUUUUAAAUUAUGAAUCCUUGUAUUUAUGAUAUUUAUGUUUGUUAAUAAACUUAUGUGCAACCAGUCAUUUUCUGUUGUGCAAGAGAACAUCUUAUAUCUAUAUUUUGUAAUAAAAGUUUAAAAGCAAU